AUGAGGACGCAUUUUCUCUUGCUUUCUAUAUUAUCCAUUUCGGAAAUUCAAGCCAAAGCGCCUCGGCACAAGAAUAACGGACCGCGCGGCUCAUCCGACGAGUUCGACAAACAAUUAGCCGGCCUUUUCAGCAAAACCAACGGUUUGUCGUCGCUUUUCCUGGUUGCGAAACGUCUCUCGGUUGCGAAAACAUCGAUAAGUGUAACAAAAGCGCAAUUACAGACCAGAGAUGUUGGGAAUUCCGUGUUCCGUGUUCCGCGUUUUUUUGCAAUAUUUUUUCCGUGUUCCGUGUUCCGUAAAAAAAAAAAUUUCCGUGUUACGUAGAAAUAAGUUUUUUUUCCGUUUUCCGUGUUCCGUGUUCCGUAUAAACUAUAUUUUCCGCGCGAAAAUUCGAUCACAAAUUUUAUUUUUUUCAUUAUUAUUUUGAUAAGGACAAUUGACGUUUUGUGGUCAAAAUUUGAAAAUUUUCGGAUUCGGACCAUAUUCGUGAAAAGUGGAUUCCAUUUUCAGUCGUUUUUUACUGUAGUUGUUUACUGUUGUGUUGUUGGUUUUGUUAUUUUUUAUGAAAUUUUCAGUAAAACUUUCACAUGAGUCAAACAGCUGCCUUGUCAGUCAGAUAAUCGAAUUAAACAAAACAUUAUCAAAAAAAAAUCUUUUUUUUUUCCGUUUUCCGUGUUCCGUGUUCCGUAGAAAUAAGUUUUUUCCGUUUUCCGUGUUCCGUGUUCCGUAAAAAUUUCCGUGUUCCGUGUUCCGUAAAAAAAAAUUUUCCGUUUUCCGUGUUCCGUGUUCCGUAGAAAUAAGUUUUUUCCGUUUUCCGUGUUCCGUGUUCCGUAAAAAAAUUUCCGUGUUCCGUGUUCCGUAAAAAAAAAAUUUUCCGUUUUCCGUGUUCCGUGUUCCGUAGAGUAAGAUUUUUAUUCCCAACAUCACUGUUGCAGACGAGUGCCCGCAAGGCUUCCCGACAAAAUGCAAAUCGACGUGCGGUUGCCUCGAAAUCGCCGUCGGCUCCCGGUGGAUUAAAGCGAAUUUCGAGAAUCCGAUUGCUUCGAUUACAGACGAAAAAUUUGUGAAGCCCAAUGUGAAGUGGACCGAUGAAUGCACUCCGGUGCUCGACGGUUGCCCGCCGAAAACCAGCGAACACACUUUGGCCUACAAUAUCGAAUCGGGAAUGGUGGAGAACAAAGGAGCGACGGUACUGAGGCCCCAGAGCUUUUUUCCAAUGAGAACUUGACAUCGAGUACUUGAUUUUUGUGCUUGACCACUUUUUACUACGACCAAUUCCUCGGCUACUGUGGCGCUUGGAAGUUGGGAAUGAAAAGCAACUUCUGAGCACUACAGCACCUCGGGGAGUGGUCGUAUGAAAAAGUGGUCAACUACAAAAAUAAAGUUCACACUUUUAACUUGAUUUUUGCUGUUGACAACUUUUUAGUACAACCACUCGCCGGGCUACUGUAGCGCUUUGAAAUCAACACUACCAGUUCCAACUUGCAGUUCCAACAAGUGGCCAUCUACACUUGUUCCGACUCGAACGAAUGGGUCUCCUGGGAUAACCAACGGAUCCUGUACACGUGUUUGGAGAAAUAAAUGUGUUUUUUUUGUUCGCGCGCGUUUUCGUUUAUCAAAACUAGACUGAAGUUGCACUUUUUCGCCAGAACACUAGCCGAUCAACGCAUAGGAAUUGCAAAUUUCGAAUUUCGAAAUUCAAAUGUCAGAUAUGAUAAUUGAGCAAAAAAACACAAGCCACUGUCGAGUAUAAAAGUGAAAUUUUUGAAUGAAAAUGUUCAGUGUGAGUGUGAGGUUUGCGAUGAAACCGUUCGUGUUUGCGGUCCUGGCCAUACUUUUUAUUAGUGUGGAGGCCGGAUGUCUGCAGUCUCAGGGAUCAACGACGGGAGCCGUAACUGCUCAAAGUACAGGUACAGCUAUUGUAGGAUAACAAAAAUGUGGACGCAUACAGCCUCUACGAGACCUUCUUCCACAUCGACAAUAUCUGCGACGAGAAGUUCAUCGUCUGUCUCGACCGCGGCGCCGACAACAACAACAACAACAAUAUCAACUUCGAGCACCACACCACUCUGUACUUUUGGCCCACUUGCAAUGAUCCGAUCGGACCCAAACUUUGACGGAUUGUUGGACUUGGAUUGAGGGCCGCUGGGCCCAAGUUUCAGGCCGAUCGGAUCCGGAAGUCCGGGCUUUUUUGGAAAACAUCGCAAGAAGAACCCGAAAAUUUUUUUUAUCUUUUUUAGAAAAUUUUUUCAUGGAAUGUGAUCAACUGACAAAAUGUAGAGCAAAGUGAACUCUGCGCGUAGAAAAAUAAUUGUGAAUUUAGCGAUUCAUACAAAAAAGUUAUACUCGAGUUGUUGCGUGAAAAAAGGCCAAACGCAACAACUCGAAUAUAACUUUUUUGUAUGAAUCGCAAAAAUUCACAAUUAUUUUUCUAUGCGCAGAGUUCUCUUUGCUCUACAUUUCGUCAGUUGAUCACAUUUCAUGAAAAAAUUUUCUAAAAAAGAUAAAAAUUAAAGUCGGCACAUCUCCGGACCAGAGGAUCCGAUCGGGCUGAAACCUGGUCCCAACCGCCCUAAAUCCAAGUCCAAUAAUCCGGCAAAGUUCGGCUCCGAUCGGAUCAUAUUGCAAGUGGUCCCAGAGUCCAAAAAAAAAAAAGCGAUGGGAACGCGAUGAGAUCGUUUGGUUGCAGCGUGUUCGAACGGAUAUCCGCUCGACGAGUGCGAUGCGACAUGCGGAUGUCCGAGGUACACAAUCGACUCGGCUUACAUAAAAGCGAUGGGCUACGCGUUUGGCGACGACGUCUACAGAAGCCCGGUGUUGACGUGGACCAAUUGCACUCCGACACCGCAAAAUUGUACGGAGCGCGGAGAAGGCGCGUUCAAAAUUCAGGUGCUCGACGCAAAAUCCGGUCCGCUUUGGCCGUUUGUGAGUGGCUCAUUUUGCGACAUUUUUUGCGACAUAAGCGACAUUUUUUAGUAUGGAGACAAGCAAAUUGAGAACACGUGCCAGCACGACACAAAAAUGUGGAGCAACGAGGGGAAUGGAGCGUAUUACUUCACUUGCACGUCCGCCAAUCCGAAUGCAACGAAGUAG